UGUGUACAAAGUGCAGGACACAGCAGUACUCCAUAACUGAGUUAAAUUUCGGGACAAGUAGCCGUGGCAGUGAGCUUUUUAGCCUUUGCGCUGCGGUGCUAAGUGCUCCUUGUCUCGCUAUGUGGCUGUCUCUCUUACUGACCGUGUUUGAUAUCAAAGCACUACUGCUCUUCCUCGUCGCAUUUCUUCUCGUCACAGACUACCUGAAGAAUCGGAACCCCCCCUGCUUCCCCCCAGGGCCCUGGGCACUGCCGUUCUUGGGAAAUGUCUUCAACAUCGACAUUAAACAGCCUCACAUUUACCUGACCAAGCUGGCCAGCGUCUAUGGUGACGUCUACAGCCUCCGCCUGGGCAGGGAUAAGGUGGUGUUUGUAACAGGCUACAAAAUGGUGAGGGAGGCCCUGAUCAGCCAGUCUGAGAACUUUGUGGACAAACCUCCCAGCCCCAUGGCUGAAAGGCUGUAUUCAGGAAAUGGACUUUUCUUCAGCAAUGGGUACAUAUGGAAAAGACAAAGGAGAUUUGCUCUCUCCACCCUGAGAUCUUUCGGACUGGGAAAGAAGUCCCUGGAAUCAGUCAUCAUUGAGGAAAACAGAUUCCUUCAAGAGGAGCUUGAAAGAGUGAACGGUCAGCCCCUGGAUCCACACAUCCUUCUCAACAACGCCGUCUCCAACAUCAUUUGCCACCUGGUCUUUGGACAUAGGUUUGAGUACAGUGACCAGAAAUUCCAGAUGCUGCUCAAACUGCUGUCAGAAGCGAUUUACCUGGAGGGAUCCAUAUGGGCACAGCUGUAUGAGGCCUUUCCAUCUGUGAUGAGGCUCCUCCCAGGCCCCCAUAACAACAUCUUCAGUCAUAUCAGCAAGAUCUGUGCCUUUGUGAGAGAGGAGCUGGAGAAGCACAAGGAGGACUGGGACGCAUCUUCCCCCCGCGACUACAUCGAUGUCUUCCUAGCGGAGAUAAAGAAUAAUACCGAAGACCCAGAGGCCGGAUUCAACGAGACCAACCUGACCCUCUGUGCCCUAGACCUAUUUUUGGCCGGGACUGAGACCACAUCAACCACUCUGCGCUGGGCUCUGCUCUACAUGAGCAAGUACCCUGAGAUUACAGAAAGGGUCCAGGAUGAGAUAGACAGUGUGAUUGGACGGUCACGUCAGCCCAGCAUGGCAGACCGGCCGAACAUGCCGUACACCGAUGCCGUCAUCCACGAGAUACAGCGCAAGGGCAACAUUGUGCCGCUCAACACCCCGAAGAUGGCAAGGAAAGACACCACACUAGGGGGGUUCUUUAUCCCCAAGGGAACGGCAGUCAUGACGAACAUGACUUCAGUGCUGUUUGACAAGAGCGCAUGGGCUGACCCAGACACCUUCAAUCCUGGGCAUUUCCUGGAUUCCGGUGGGAAAUUUGUGAGACGGGACGCGUUCCUGCCCUUCUCUGCAGGGAAGAGAGUGUGUCUGGGGGAGCAGCUGGCCCGGAUGGAGAUCUUCCUGUUCUUCACCUCCCUUCUCCAAAAAUUCACCUUCUCAUUUCUCCCGGGGCCAGAGCCCAGUUUUGUGGGGCAAGUUGGGGCCACUUUAACGCCACUCCCCUUCAAACUGCACGUCACCCUUCGCUAAGGACAGUCUUGAUGCGGCAGAGGCAAGGACAGGGAUACACGGGUCCUGUUUUUCUGCUGCAUUCCACUGCCUACUGUCCUGUGAAUGAUCCAUCUACUGGUUACUCUGCUGUGCUUCAUGAAGACCACGCUGUUAAAAUUACACUUGAAUACACACACCUUCUGUAUUUAAAAUAAUUUUGACUCAACUGCAAAAUAAGUCAUUAAAGAAAGUGCUGCAGGUGGA